UUCUAGAGAUGACCGAUAUACCGACCGGAGGUGUUCGGACCCUACAUAUGGAGGUAGGGAUUUUCGGCUUUGAUUACGACCAAAUGAUUGGUAAUGAAGACUUCAUGCAAGUUUUUAGUCAUGAAGAAAUCGGCGUCAACGUUGUCAAUACAUAUAUUAGGUUUUUGUAUGACAAAUUGAUGCGCCCCAAUGGUUUGGACGUGUCAUUCGGAUUCUUAGCACCCGCGACCGUCAACUUAGUUUUAAUCUUAAAUAGACCGGAUACCGUGACGGAGUACGUUCUUCGGAUCCUCAUGGACAAUAAAGAUGCGGAGAAGUUGUUUUUUAUACCGUUUAAUACCGGUGGACAUUGGUUGUUGCUCGCAAUCAAUCCUAUCCGAGAAAUUGUGUAUUAUCUUGACUCGUUAGGAAAUGAUUGGACAACAUACCCGGAUAUGAAGGUCCUAAUUGACACCGUCCUACAAGCUUUUCGGGCCCAACGAGUUAUCCAAACCUCAAGGAGGGGAAGGCCAUGGGUCCAUGAAGCUAGAGCUGUAACGUCUACUCUGCACCAAAAAUUGAAAUUUGGGAAGAAUGUCAAGCUUGUCAUCGUGGGUGGAAAGAAAAAGUUUUUGGUGAGCGAUCUGUCGUCUUUUUCAUAUGUGAAAGCUGAGUAG